AUGAGUACGCAACAAAGUCCAGCAUUACUACAAGCUACGGUUGAUCGUGAAAAAAUUUAUGGAUGGAUUGUCGAAUUGUCGAACCCCGAAACAAGAGGAAAUGCAUUGGAAAUGCUUAGCAAAAAAAGGGAAGUAGUUCCGGAUUUGGCUCCGAUGCUUUGGCACUCUUUUGGUACUGCAGCUUCAUUACUACAAGAAAUUAUAAAUAUAUAUCCGGCUAUUAACCCCGCAACUCUUACCGCACAUCAGAGCAACCGUGUCUGCAAUGCUUUAGCCUUACUCCAGUGUCUUGCUAGUCAUCCGGAAACAAGAUCUGCAUUCUUACAGGCUCAUGUUCCCCUUUUUCUGUAUCCUUUUUUACACACUGUUAUAAAGACACGUCCGUUCGAGUAUUUGCGUCUCACUAGUUUGGGAGUGAUUGGAGCACUUGUGAAAACUGAUGAACAAGAAGUUAUUACGUUUUUAUUAACCACUGAAAUAAUACCAUUAUGUUUGCGAAUCAUGGAGAGUGGAUCAGAAUUGUGCAAAACAGUUGCAACCUUUAUUUUACAAAAAAUUUUGCUGGACGACAGUGGUCUCUCAUAUAUUUGCCAAACAUAUGAUAGAUUCAGUCAUGUUGCAAUGAUCUUGGGCAAAAUGGUUUUAUCACUAGCCAAGGAUCCAUCGGCUCGCUUGCUGAAACAUGUUGUUCGAUGCUACCUUCGUCUGUCUGAUAAUCCCAGAGCACUUUUAGCCUUGAGGCAGUGUUUACCUGACCAGUUAAGAGACAACACAUUUGCAACUUGUUUACAAGAGGAUAUGUCCACUGAACAUUGGUUAAAUGAACUUCUGAAGAAUUUGGAAGCGGGUCCACAAACAGGUCCUUCGGCUCAACAAGGGCCAACGCAACCAGGUCAACAAGAUCCUAGAUCUAUUGGAAUGUCACCCUUAACCUCGUGAUUAUAUUUUAUGAAAAUAUUUGCUCGAUUAAACAACUUGUAUCAUGUAACAUAAAGUAUGUACUACCAUUUAUUUAAUGUAAUAAAUAAAAAUUUCAUAUGUA